CGAACAUACACGCGCGGAAAUCCUCUUGGUCUGUGGCAUAAAUGUAUGUUUGUUUGAUUUAUGGGGGUCACGAAAGCUGCCGAUCGUUUUGUAUAUAAAAGUGGGUGCUCGCAACAAUGCCGGCGGCAAUUGCUGAUUUCGACCCGGUCAAUUAUGGUGCACCUGUCAAUCUCCCUGGUCGUCGCCCUCGUCCUCUGCCAGCAGGUCGUGGGGCAGGAGCAAAAAAUUACUUUCGUUAACAAAAUCCUGCCAGUGCUGAAAGAGAAACUUGUGUACAACGAGACCGAGUUCAAGCUGCUCGAGCAGAAGAAUAAACCAAAAAUCGAUUUCUUCCCCAAUGGCACGCGACCCCAAUCAGCCGGUGCUGGUAUGGUGCGUAUUCUACCGACUGGACAAAUCGUCGGUGGGUUCAGGGCAGCCAGAGGUCAAUUUCCUUGGCAAGUUUAUAUUGUAAUGGACAAGUCAAGCUCUUGUGGAGGGUCUCUGAUUUCACCCCAGUGGAUAUUGACUGCAGCCCAUUGCGUGCUCGGAUUUUCAGAUUUUGAAAUAACACUUGGGUCUGCAAAACGCAAUAUUGUUGAGGCGGGAAGAAUAAACGUGGUCACCAAACACAAGUUCAUCCAUCACGGUUACAAUGACCAGAACCUUCAAAACGACAUUGCACUUUUGAGACUGAAUUCUCCAAUCAACAUAACAGGUUUAAAAAGUCCUUUCAUCAACACGAUCAGAUUGCCAAAAGUUUCUGAUGGCUCAAGGACAUUUGUAAACACAAAUGGGGUUGUCAGUGGUUGGGGUAAAACAUCAGACGCGGGAACUGUAACAGUGCAGCUUAACUAUGUUACAAUCCCUGUAAUUUCAAACGUCAAUUGUUCAGCCGUGUAUGGCGCCGAAUACAUAAAGCCAACGAUGAUGUGCGUCUCUGGUGCAAAUAAUAAGGGCAUUUGCAGCGGUGACAGCGGUGGGCCUUUGGUCGUCAAAGAAAGCGAUGGUCAGUGGUCGCAGAUCGGCAUCGUCUCUUUCAGCGCUUACUCAUGCCACAACUACCCCCAGGGCUUCACCAGAGUGACCAGCUUCAUGGGUUGGAUUUCUAACCACACAGGAAUUCAGUUCAGAAAAUGAUGGAAAGAAUAAUAAUUACAACGAAUUCGCAAAUUUAAUGAUUUUAGGAAUAAAAAUAUUUGUUUUGCUAAAAACUUGGAUUUAAUAAAUGACAAUUAACUGUAAUAAUUGUGAUAGC